AUGGGGCCAUGGACGACAUUACUGGUGACGUAUCUUCUUGGAGGCGUCACCUUUGUUCCUCUUGUCGUCCUGGCCGUACUGCUACACGCCCACUCCACGCUUCCGUAUCGAUAUGACCUUGACCAUCACGAUGCCAUCGUUCAACCUGGCGACGACACAGAGCCUCUCGAGGCGGAAAAGAAGAAAUCUGCCGCUGAUGAGGCUAAUACCCGCGCAACCCGUGACCUCGACGUUGCCGCUGGCUAUUUCGCCGUCUGUCGUGAUUAUACCCCAAUGGGCCUCAAUGCGAAACCCAUCGAACGCUCAACUCCCGUCGGUUCCACGACAGUCGCUCCCUCUAGUCCCAGCGUCUAUCAGACCAUGUAUAGAAGCAUAUUCGACCGAAGGCCAGUGGCCGGCCCUCUGGACAGUAACAAGACCAAUAGCAGCAUGAGCCAACGGCCAAAGAAAGCUGGCAAUGUCUUUUAUGUUGUACUAAGACACGGACACCUGAUGUUGUUUGACGAUGAGGAACAGCUGGAAGUACGUCAUGUCAUCUCGUUGGCACACCAUGACAUCAGUAUAUACUCUGGUGGUGAUGUCACCCCAGAAGGCGAACUGUUCAUUAAACGGAAUGCAUUGUGUCUUUCGAGGAGGCAAACUGGUUCAGACAAACCGGCACCCGAUGGCCAGGUCUCCAAGCCGUUCUUCCUGUUUUCCGAGAACUGUUCAGCAAAAGAAGACUUCUACUUUGCUUUACUGAGAAAUCAGGAGCAGACCUUUGGCUUUGAUUCGAACCCGCCAAUCCCGAAAGGCUUUGAGGUUAAGAAUAUCAUCUCUUUGGUCCAGAGAUUACACUCCUCUGAAGACCAUGUUCAUUCUAGAUGGUUAAAUGCUAUGCUUGGGCGAAUCUUCCUGGCUGUGUACAGGACCCGGGAUUUGGAAAACUUCAUCCGCGAAAAGAUCACAAAGAAGAUAUCCCGAGUGAAGCGACCUUCAUUUCUCGCAAAUAUCACCAUCCAGAAAAUAGAAACUGGCGAAGCCGCCCCCUACUUCACCAACUUGAAGCUCAAGGAUCUGACUGUCGAGGGCGAAUGCGUUGUCGAGGCAGAUGUUAGAUACACGGGUAAUUUUCGCAUCGAGGUUGGUGCUACCGCCAAGAUUGACCUAGGAACGAGGUUCACCCGAGAGGUCACUCUACUUCUGGCUGUUGUGCUUAAACGAAUUGAAGGACACGUAUUGUUCAAAGUCAAGGCACCACCGAGUAAUCGUGUCUGGAUGUCUUUCCAGACGAUGCCCAAGAUGGAAAUGGCCAUCGAGCCUAUUGUAAGCUCAAGGCAGAUUACUUACACCUUGAUCUUGCGUCAAAUCGAGAACCGGAUAAAGGAGGUAUUUGCUGAGACACUCGUGCAGCCAUUCUGGGACGACGUGCCGUUUUUCAGAACUGAACACAAGACUUGGAGGGGUGGCAUAUUCCAAGGUGAUGACGCCGUCGAGUCCGGCGAGCCGUCUGGAGCUGCACCAGCAACCCCUAACGCCGAACCCGAGGAGAAAUUGGAUGAGAACGAAGAUCUCCUGAAUCAGACUCGACCUAUGGAGAAGAGCCAUACACUCCCUGUCAUGGAGCAACAACCGGCCAGCACAGGCUUCUUUGGGAGGAAGCUCGGCAAGAGUGCCAAUGGAAGUGCAACGUCCGUGUUGACCACGAGCAUUGAUACGAAAAACUCGGCAUCCGGCCACAGCACACCACGGUCUCUUAAUAUCGUCAAGAACUCGACUGAUCCUGUUGUUGGAACCGAAACUGCACAUGCGGAUCUCUUCAAACCUUCGUCAUCUCCUCCUGAUCAUGCCACCAACUUGAUGGCCUCAUUAGCGUCUCGUUCUCAGGACGCUUCGCCAAUGCAGACCCCAUUUGGAUCCCCGGCAAAAGGCUCAUCCCUCGCCAAGUUGCCAAGCCAUUCUUCCACGUCCUCCAAGGGAGUAGAAGACAAGGAGAAUGCCAAUGAUUCAGAUAUAACGCCAGUUCAGACUGGGCGCCGCAACACGACAUCGUCGGCCGAGUCCCUUCCCCACAGUGAAGAUUCUGGGUCUGCAUCACCGGCACGAUCCACCACGGGCUCGUUGAAGAAUCAGACAGGAUCACUAGGUCGGAGUUUCUUCUCAAGACGUGACACCGCCAGUACCAUCUCAUCAACCGAUUCCUCGGCGGGUGGAGAUGUGAAGAGAAAUACUCUUGCAGCAUUUACCAAUGUGGCGGAGCAGGCUCGACAAGGCGUUUGGAACGCAAUUCGCCGGCAAAAGGAUCACAUACAAGCAGGCGACAGAUCGCAUCAAGUAGACCUGACCCAACCGAUGGGACGCGGUCAGCCGCUCCCGCCUCCUGGAACACCGCUUCCUGGGCCGACAAAUGGGAGUACUAAACUGGCCUCCAUACCUGCGCCAAAACGCAAACCUGUUCCUACCUCGGCCGCUAUCCCUGAACAAGCGGUGGGUGAUGUUGCUGGUCAUGAUGCAGAGAACCAAUCUCCACCACCUCCUCCAUUGCCUCAACGAAGACGGAGAGGCGCAAGUCAGCAGCAAGAAGAAGAUGUUGAACAAAACAUGCUCGUAGUGGCAGCCCCGGAUGACUCUCAACCUGGUACACCUGCCGCAGAGGAACAGGCAAACCGCGAUGAGGCAUGGGUGGUGGCCGCUGCGAAGAAUGAAAAGGCAUCGAGACCAGAACUCAAGGUGGAAUCCAAUGCGCAAGAAACACCACCGACGGUGCCAGCAAUUGGUACCACAGCAUCGUCGUCGAAUAGUGUACACGAGCCCUCAGAAGAACCUUUUAUUCCCGAAUCCCAAAACACCAAGGAAAGCCCCCUCGUUGCCCUGCCAGCUUCCGCUGUUGGCAUUGACGAUGACGAUUUUUCUGGCUGGUUAGAGGAUGAUGCUUUUGCUGACGAUCAAAUUGCAGAAGCACUUCCUGUGGAUGCUGAUGGAGAGGUCAAGUAA